GGGCUGGCGGCGCGUGCGGGCAUCUCUGUUCCAAGCCCUCCCUGUUGCGAUGUGACCUGGCUGCCCCUUCGCCAAGUUUCAAGAUGGGGCUCUCAAACCAGGCGCGGGGGCCUGUCUCGUCCACCGGGCGGGGCGAUCUUGGAGGGAGGGGCGGCGAGGGGGUCGGUUUCUGGCGCAAACGCCCAGCCGGCAAGUAAAAGGCAGGCAAGCAACCCCGGGGGGAGAAGCGGAGAAACCCGAUCCCGGCGACGAGUCGGAGUGCAAAGGGGCACCGGGAACCGAGCAACCAGGGAGUGCGCAUCCCGCGCAGGGCGCACAAAAGGGAUCUAUCUCGACCCGGGGAAGGAGGGCAGCCGCCUGCGAUCCCCUAGUCCGUUUGGGACGACUUCGACGCCUCCUCCUGUUCUCCCGCCCCUCCGGUUUUGCCAUCCGGGCGCGAAGGCUGGAGCCGCAGCCUGUGGAGCCGGGUGGGGGGGGGGGGGCAGAGCUCCCCCGAUGCGCAGCGGCCGCCCGGACCCAACGGAGCCCGAGUGCCCCGUGCGAGAAGAUGCCCGGGCUCCAGCAAGCUGCACGUCGGCUCCCCCCUCCCUGGAAGAAAAGCAGAGUGCAGGUGGUUGGGCGACGGACGCGGGAAUAAACGACAGCCCCAUUGCGGUGGACGGCGGGGGCCGUUGCUAACGGCCAGAUAGAUUCUGCUUGUGAAGAAACUGCCCCUGGGAAUGAAUGGCAAACUACGGCAACAGAGAACAGCCUCACCCACUGACUUCGUAUUGAGCAAGCUUUCCCAAAACGUUCAGGUCCUUUGAAACCUGAUCCUCAAAAAUUCCGAGCUGCAGAGUUGAGCCAAACCUGGCAUUCAUUAUUCAUGAAGCUUAGAGCCUCCUUCGUCGCCAAAGUCCAAGUGGAUUUCAGAGGCAGUGGUGCUGAGCGAAAUGCUGGGCCCAGCCAGGCCAAGCUAAUCAUUCGGCUCUCUGCUGCCUGCCACCUCUGAGCCCAGGUGGACUUCAGAGGUGCUGUUUAGCAAAUGGCCUGCGGAUGACCCAAAGGCAGCAAGAGGCGGUGAAGCUUCAAGAGCCAUGAAGAACGAUAACCCUGCAAAGAAGUCAGGGGGACCUUCCCGAUGGCACCGGCGCAGAUUCAGGCGCAAGGUUCCCUCUGAGGUGACUGUAAAGGGACAACUGCGGAUGCGCUCCCCAUCGGGGGCCUUUGUGAUGGUGGGCAUCUCAGUAGUCCUUGUGGGCAUGACCAUAGCUGUGAUCGGGUACUGGCCUCACCGUGGCCCACCCGGGACGCGAUCUGGAAGUAGGCCGGGGAACUCCAGCACUGCAGACGAUCUCAAGAAGGAAGUUAAAAUCUCUCCCCAUCCCCGCCUCUUCCUGUACAGCGAGAAGCUAAAGCUUAUUGGGCCUGUUAUUAUGGGCAUUGGUCUCUUCAUCUUCAUCUGUGCCAACACCAUGCUGUAUGAGAACAGGGAUAUGGAGACCCGUCUGUUGAUGCAGAGGGAACUCUAUUCCAUGACCCUGGGUCUCCCUCAGGAUACUAGCCCCGUUAGCAGUUACUUCCAGCAGAGGCUUACCCCAUCCACCUUUGAGGCCGACACCAAGUGUGUGGAAAGCUGUUAUGAAGUGGACCUCUCCUCAGAUGGCUUCCAGUCCUGUCCCAGCCCGAUGAAGAAGUGGGCUAACGCUUACAGAUCCAGUAGACUUCAGACUACAGCUCAGUUUCUUCACCAAGUUUCACCUUCUGCCUCCCUUGUUAGCAUCCGCUCAGACUCUGGUAACUCCGCACAAGGGAACCUCAGCCGGAACCCCAGCCUGUCCUUUGCUUGUGGAGGAGAGCCCGUCAUCUCCUCAGCAGUCAACGCCCUGUCGCUGCCUCUCAUUAAACUCAACAACUGUCUUCUUGAGAACCAGGGUGUCUCCCCCAUCCAGGACUCAGAGGGCUAUUCCAUCCAGUUGCCAGAGGAGAGAGAGGAAGUGCUGAGGCUCUCGUGGACCGUCUUACCCGGUUGUGGCAGCGUUGCUUCCAGCAGAGACAACCUCCGUGGCAGCCAUGUCAUGAUUGAGAUGGAUAACGGAUCUCCCGCUGCCGACUCGUUUGAAAAACUCCUGCAUGCUGAAUGCACGAAGAGAAGAUUCGGCUCAGACACUCAGAUCCCUUUGCCAGGUCACUCCAGAUCCCUGGAUCUUGGCCAGCCAGGGGUGCGCUCAGUGGCCCCGGUCAAAGAGAGGAAACACAGGAGCUGGCCGAGGCUUGACCAGAUUGGCUUAGUCAACUGUACGAAGCUGGGAAGCAGAGGCGAAUCCUCUGACCGGCUUUUGGAAGCAGCCAGGGAUUUUAGCAGGGGUGAGAGUGGACAGAAUUUGCCGGAGGUUAUAAUGGAAGCAGGUUCCAAGGUCUGAUUUUGCGGCAGGGGAAUCAUAUUUGAUGGUGAUUUCUUCUAUGUGGUCCGCUGGGUCAUCUUGGGUAUGGUUGAGAGGGGAUGUAAGUGUGUGAGCGUGUAUAAAUAUACAUCUAUUUUGAAACUGACUUAGCAGUGAUGAAUGCUCAGCCAGUUUGCAAUGCCAAGCAUAGACCAGCCAAGAAGACAUGGGUCAGAGGCCACUUAACGGAUCGAUGUUUCUCCAGGGCCUGUUUUCUUCUUGCCUUAUAAGAACCUCCUUCAACCUUUCUCCCUUUCUCUGCCUGUGAACAUCCUUGGUAAAGAAAUGGGAAAAAGUUCUACUUUUUUGAGCAGGGAUAUCGGUUGAGAACUGCUCAUCAAGAGUUCAGUCCCCUCUGCAACCUCAUUGAUAGGGCUGCGACUGGGUAACUAUUCCUGGGGACUGAUGGAUGAGUAUCUUAAUGAGUAUCUUAAUGAGUAUCUAGUGCUUCCCAAGGUACCGAGAAUGGAUUUUUGAAAAUUGUGAGAUUAUAUAUUUUGUAAAUGGAGUCUUUCUAAACUUUUACAGUCAGUGUUUGUGGGUUUUCCCCCGCCAUGUUGAGGAGCAAGAUUUUUAAGAGGUUUUUUAAAAAGUGUAUUCUUCUCAAUCUGUUAUCGGGGUUCGGAGAAAGUGGGAUAUUUUUAGGCAAAAUCCUGAAAAGUGGUGAGUCUUCCAUUCCAGGGCUUUUAGAGAAUCACGAGGUAUGUACAACCAAACAGGGAUAUUAAAUGAUACCCUCUCUGCUGCCAA